CGUAAAGGUGGCAGUGAUGCUAACACUGGCAAGCAAACUGAAGCGGGAUGACGGUCUCAAAGGAUCCCGGACGGCAGCCGCCUCGUUGGACUCCACGCGGAGGGUUUCUGUGAGAGACAAGUUGCUUGUUAAAGAGGUUGCAGAACUUGAAGCUAAUUUACCUUGUACGUGUAAAGUGCAUUUUCCCGAUCCAAACAAGCUGCACUGCUUUCAGCUAACCGUAACCCCAGAUGAGGGUUACUACCAGGGUGGAAAAUUUCAGUUUGAAACUGAAGUUCCUGAUGCAUACAACAUGGUGCCUCCCAAGGUGAAGUGCUUGACGCGGAUCUGGCACCCCAACAUCACAGAGACAGGGGAAAUAUGUCUAAGUUUACUGAGAGAACAUUCAAUUGACGGCACUGGCUGGGCUCCCACAAGAACCUUAAAGGAUGUUGUAUGGGGAUUAAACUCCUUAUUCACUAUACAAGCCCCCAAUUUAAUAUCACUCCUGAAGAGGAAUGUAAUCGCCUGUGCCAUGACCUGUCACUGUGAACUCUGCACAGCAGUGACUUGGGAGCACAGCUUGCUGAAGGUGAAGGAGAGGGUGUGCAGGUGGUUGGAAACCAGACAGCUCUCCUCAGGCAAGGAGGCGGCCAGGAGCAAGGCUGGUGGCGCUGCACAUUGUCUGGCUCCAGACGCUGCCCUCGGAAGGGAAGUUGGGGAGAUGGGUGAGGUCAGAGGGGAAGCUGCUGAUGCUCGGGGUUGCAUGGCAUUCGUAAGAGGGGAAUGUGUGUGUCUAAAGGGGCAGGGUUUCUAUUGGGAAAUACUCACAGUAGGAGUGGUUGGCUCUCUCCAGUUAUCCAGAAUAGAAAUUCAUGUGGCUGUCAUGUCCCACAUUGGGACAGCCGUGUCCCCAACUGCCCCCAGCAGCCGUCAGCACCGCUGGAAAGAACCCACACGCUGAGCACUCUCCGCUCAGCAGGGCUGAGUGCCCGCCUGCCACUCGCUGUGUUCCUUUGGCUGCUUCAUGAAGUGACAGCUCAGGACAGCAGGACGAUAGAUCAUUGCCAGGUUUCACUUGGAGUCU